CAGAGACUCUUUUUCUUUUUUUUUUUUUGGAAACCCCCCCCCCGUUUUCCUAAAGUGCUCCAAGAGGAAGAUGGGUAUUUAGGCGUUGAGGCCCGGAUGCGAGACAGAAAUAACGAAAACCGUGACAGUUGGCCCUCGUGGUUAGGAAUGUCCCCGUCCUUGAAGUAAAAAUCCGUGACUCGAGUGCCCUCCGACCACCACGCCGUCUGCCAGCCAUCGGUGCCCACGGAAAAGAAGGUAUCGCCGGGGCCAAGUCUGAGAACCUCUCCCGACGGAACGGUGAUCAGUCCUACCUGACAUUAGUAUAACCCACGCUGGUCGAAACGCACUGGGCUUACAAACCAGCGCCGGCGCUCAUGAGGACCAAGCUAGGUUCCGGUGCCGGAUGGGGCGGCAUAAAAAACCCCUCGUGAAAGUCGUAUUGGUAAGCCGCGUCGAAGGCACCCCAUCCUACAAGACUCGCGCCCUCGAUCCCACCCACUGCUGGCACAACGUUAUCGAUUUCCCAGCAUUGCAGGAUGUUGGUCGCCUUCCCUUUGGAGUCGAGUUCCUGCGUGAUUGCUGGGAGCGUCAUCUUGUGGGGGUCUUUGCUCGUUGGACAGCGGAGUUCGUAGUCUCGGGAGGUAUAGUCCGCUUCGCGGAGGUGGUGGUGGGGGGAACCUUGGUACAUGAAGGAGGGGGAGUGAUGCACGAGCACGGCUGUGGCGCCGGAUGCCAAGAGUGUGAGAAGGGGGGUGAUCUUCAUUUUGGGGUUAGGGUUAUAGGGGUCUUGAAUUGGGGAGCGAAUUUUGAUAGUAAGAGUGUUAGAUGUGAGGGUUAAUCAAGGAUCAGUUGAGGAAGAGAGGUUGGUGUCUAAGCGGUGGUAGUGCUACGAGUGGUAGCGGCAAUGAAGACCCAGGAGUUAGUGAUGAUGCCUUCCAACUAGGCCGUUAUGGGGGUCUUUAUAUCUCUUCCACGACCGCUCCCACGCUCCCCGAUCCCCCUCUAGAAAACACGCAAACUAUCUUGAGCCAAGCUACUGGGUACACCAAGGCAUACAGAGUGGAAUAACAGGAAACUCCAUCAUCUCCGUCUUUCGUCUUGAAUCUCUGCGCUUCCUAUCACUAGAUACAUCAAAGGCCUACAACCGAUAGGAGUCGACGUCAUAACUCCUGCCGGCUCACCGAUCCGCACGCUCACUUUGGGAGACGCGAGGUCGGGACUGGCAGACAUCCGCUCUUAACUGGGUAGGUUGAAGAGGGUAGUUUGGAAAUGACUGACACAAUGCAGGCGGACCAACAAGCCAACCGAGCUGCUCUGCCCCGCUCGCGUGCAUAUGUUUAGCGGUAUCGGUAUGGGAUGGGUGGGGCGUAACCCUGUUUCCCAUACACGAACUGCUGUUUUCGAACGCAUUUUCUCACGGGGGUCGGGGGGGGAGGAGCUUCGACAUGGUGCGCGGGUUGGGGGUUGCCGUACUGCCGUAUUUUGUGUUGCUUCAUGGGACGGUUAUCGAAUGGGCAGGACCUGUGUGUGCCUGUGACCUUUUUCCACUUGGUGAACUUGCUCUUCAUUAACUUGCUUUCUUGAUGGAGUUGGAAAUCUUACGGAGAUUAUUGUGGGGUGGGGAUAGCGGAAUUACGGUCACUAGGGGGGCGUGUUGGUGAGAGGAAAUUAAACUUUGACGGGGAUUAUACAGUGCUCCGGUGAGGGAGCUGCGCAAGUGGGAGGAUGUGUGCAGCAGGGCCGUUCGGGAGUCAAAGAAAAACUCCGUUUCGCCGAGAAUUUUAUCUGGUGAUAAUGCGCUCCCGGGGGGAUUCGGACUUCCGAAUGAUAUAAUUGAGGAAUUGGGAAAGUGGCGAGAGAGGUUGAAGCGAUUUAGGUUCUUGUGUUGAUUGCUUAGUAUGGUUGCUGGUGGGGUAGCGAUGGACUGUCCAGUGAACCUUGUCAAUUGAACCACGUUAGUUAUAUUGA